AUGAGGCAACGGGCCAACAGGAUCUUUAAAGCUCGAGUGAACGGGACUUGUCGCGUCAGCGAAGAAAUCCGGAAGGAGUGGUUUGGUAAGGGCAAACCCCGACGCCUCUUAGAGGAGAUAUUCAAGCAGUGUGGCUAUGACACAUUUGUGGAGGAAGUGGAAAUCUUACGUGCAGAGAUGAAAGAAACAGAGUUGACCAUUGAAGGGGAGUUCGUCACAGUGCAAACGAUGAAAGAUGACUGGGGCUGGACGGAGAAACUAGGUUAA